GCGGAGCUCGUGCUUAUUCUGAAACUGCACGCGAACAUGGGCAACUGGAUCAUCAAUCAUGGAUUGAGCGCUUUUAUCGUGGUGGUGUGGAUGGGCAUCAACAUAUUUCUGUUUGUUUACUAUUACAUGUUAUAUGAUUUGGGACCACAAUUUGAAUACACUCGUGAACUUUUAGGGGCCGCAUUGCCCUGGGCCAGAGCACCCGCUGCUGUGCUCAACUUCAACUGCAUGCUCAUUCUGCUGCCAGUAUGCCGCAACCUGCUGUCUCUGCUCCGUGGCUCUUUCAUGUGCUGUGAACGAACUAUGAGGAAACAACUGGACAAAAAUCUGACUUUCCACAAGCUGGUUGCUUAUAUGAUUGCCCUAAUGACAGCCGUUCAUACUAUUGCUCAUUUGCUGAAUGUUGAAAGGUACAGCAACAGUUUAGCGGGUCUAUAUGGACCUCUUGCGGGUAAUCUGUCCAUGCUUGGGGACUCCAGUGAACUGAAUACCACCUACCUAAAUCCCAUUCGGUCUACUUCUACUACUCCAACUCUAUUCGUAUUUACCACUAUAGCGGGUCUCACAGGAGUCGUCAUAACUCUCGCCCUCAUUCUCAUUAUCACUUCAUCUAUGGAAGUCAUCCGCCGAAGUUUCUUUGAAGUCUUUUGGUACACUCACCACCUCUUCAUUAUUUUCUUCGCCGGCUUAGUUUUUCAUGGUGCAGGUCGCAUUGUGCGAAGUCAGCAAGUGACAGACCCGCCUCACAAUAAUUCCUUCUGCGAAGAUCAACCAGAGAACUGGGGAAAAAUUCCUGAAUGUCCAAUUCCUCAGUUUGCAGGAGGGUUUCCUCAGACCUGGAUGUGGGUAAUUGGACCAAUGAUAAUCUACCUUUGUGAACGGAUACUACGUUUCAUUCGCUACAUGCAGCCUGUCAGUUAUAGAAAGAUUGUAAUCCGCCCAUCCAGAGUGUUAGAACUACAGUUGGUAAAGGCUGGUUUCAAGAUGGAGGUAGGCCAGUACGUCUUUCUGAAUUGUCCAGCUAUCUCCCAGCUAGAGUGGCAUCCUUUCACCAUGACAUCAGCCCCCGAAGAAGAUUUCUUUAGUGUGCACAUCCGCUUAGCUGGAGACUGGACUGAAAAGCUCAUCAAGAUGGUUGAAAACUUACCAGAGGGUGCACAAGGACCCAGCAUUAGUGUGGAUGGCCCAUUGGGAACUGCUAGUGAGGACGUGUUUAAAUACGAGGUCAGCAUGCUUGUAGGUGCUGGGAUUGGAGUUACGCCAUUUGCAUCUAUUCUCAAAUCCAUCUGGUACAAGUUUAAAGACUCCAACCCUAAACUGCAAACCAAGAGGAUUUACUUCUACUGGUUGUGUAGAGAGACGCACGCCUUUGAGUGGUUCGCAGAUCUUCUCCAGGUGCUUGAGAAAGAAAUGGAAGAGAGGGGAAUGAAAGACUUCCUUACCUAUAAACUCUACCUAACCGGCUGGGAUCAGAGCCACGCAGAUCAUGCAAUGGUGCACUUUGAUAAGGAUACAGACAUCAUCACAGGUCUAAAACAGAAGACUCUUUACGGCCGACCGAACUGGGAUAAGGAAUUUGAAGAAGUUAGGAAAGAUAACCCCUCGUCAGAGGUCGGAACAUUCUUGUGUGGCCCACAAGCCUUAGCUAAGGACUUGGAUAAGAAAUGUGUCAAAUAUUCUGACGUGGACCCACGGAGGACCAAGUUUUACUUUAACAAAGAGAACUUUUGAAAGAAACAGAAUUCUAAGACUGUUUCAGAUUGUGCACUCACAGCUAUCAACCAUGAUUUGAGACCAAUUUCACCAGCUGACUGGGUUCUCCCUCAAAUCUUCAUAUCUAAACAAUUAUGCUAUUGUGUGACGCGAGCGGCGCGAUGCAACAUGGCGAAAGCAAAAAGAAACUGGACGUUUGUUGCGUCUCUUUGCGCUGCAUCCAGUGGGCACAGAAUUUCUCUUUAUAAUGGGUUAUUGAUGAAUUCGCGCCGCGAGCGUUUUCAAUCCAUUCCCAUGGAAGCUGAGCUCGAUGCGAGCAUUCCUCUUCUCCGCGAGCGCCACGUGAACGUGCGCUGAAGUUCAUAAGAAUGGAUUAAAAACGCUCACCCCGCUCCGCACCAGUACAUUUGGACACAAAAUGUCAGGUGAGACCACUACUAUCAGACAGACAUGUCAGACGAGCAUAAGAGACUUUACCGUCAGACACUGACAGACAGACAGAAAUGUGACAGGGCAGAGAUGACGUUUCAUCUCACGCUGAUAUUUCUUUUAAAAUUUUACUUUAUUUUCAAAAACAUUGAUAGUGAAUUUUUAAUGAUCUAACAGUGUCGAUUUAAUUAUUUACUCAAUCUUAUAGUUUUAUUAACAUAACUUUUCGCUUAAUUAAUCGAGUAACGUGACAGGUUUGAAAAACGAGUACUCGAAAUGACAUAUGAUCAAAAAUGCCCAUCCCUAAAACGGACAAAUUCCACGGCAGAGUCAAGUCCAAUCAUUGUACUCUUAGGUUGGCUUGGAGUUCCUGGUUAGGAAUGAAUCACCAAGGUUCACGGAAAUUACAAUUACACCUGAAUGUAUCGUCUAUAAAAUGCCUCCUUUGCGCAAAUAUGUCCAGUUCUAAAAUAAACGUGGCACAAAGUAAAGGAAGGAAACCAUUUCUUCUGUAUUAGCUGCGACAUUUUUCAGAGCAAUCUAUUGUGUACAGUUGUGCAAUCCUUAAACUUCUUAUCACAUAAGAACAAAAGAAUUGUAUUUCAUGUUUUUCGAAGUCGUUUUGCUUUUGUUUAUGAAGUAUAUAUCAGGGCAGGAAAGAAAACAUCUGCAAUGAUGAAAUGUCCGGUUGUUUAUUUCAAGAUCAAUGUACAUAUUUAUUGUGUGUUUUUCAAUAAACUUGUUUUGUACCA